UUCCAAGAUAAAAUGUGAUGUGAAACUGACAGUGCAACAAAACAUGAUGUAAUUGUAUUGACAAGUCAGUCAAAUAAAUCAAGUCACUAAAAAUGUAUUUUCUCACAACCUAUUAUAUGGUCCAUGGUCAUUCAGUUUGUUGACUAAGCUUGCUACAUUUGUACCUGAUUGCCACACUUUUGUACCCAAGUGCCUUGAUCAGUACUGACCUAGUAGCCUUUCAUUUUACUAUUAAUGGCUGUAGAUUACUUCAUAUGUUGUUAUUUUAGAUUCAUUAUGGAUUCUGAAAAAGUAGGAAGUAACUCUAGUGGUUUAAUGAAACCAAUGUGCAUUACAAAAGAACUCAAGCACAAAAUAAAAAGAAAACGUGAAACAGGCGUCAGGGUUUCUGAAAUAGCCAGGCAAGAAAACAUGAAAAAAUUAAGUGUCCACGAGAUCUUGAAGAAAGAAGAUGCACAGAAACUAAAAAGAGCAGCUAUUGUAGCAAAACAAAAGUCUGAUAGGAUGAGACUAUUGGAAAUUAUUUUUUUCCGUUUUAUUAGUGACAAUAAGAUGCCUCCUGUUGACAGAAUGAUUCUUCAAGAGGCUAAAAAGUCGUAUCAGGCAAUGUUGUCCUUAUCACCACAUAGUGGCAUCAGUGUUGACUUUGAAUCAAGUGGAAGUUGGCUACCAAAUUUUUGAAACGAGCUGGAAUAAAUGUUGAUGCAGUUGUAGAUAAUUUUGUAAAGCAUGUUAAGUAUGAAGGUUACCUUCCUCAGCAACUGUUCAAUUGUGAUGAAACUGACAUAUUUUGGAGGACAAUGACUAAAAGGAGCUUGCCUCAUCUCAAGUCACUGCCUGGAGAUCAUUUGGCAGAUGAUCCAUAUCAUUUUCCUGUCUCAGUCUUAUUGUGCAGUAAUGCCAGUGGUGACUGCAAAGUCAAGCCUCUUGUGUAUCAUAAAGCAGAUCUUUCAGGACUUGAGAACAAAAAUGAGUUGGAUGCCAGACUUCCAGUCAUGUGGAGGACGACUGCUGAAAUUAAUGAAGAGGAACUGUUUUUGGAGUGGUUAAACAAAGUGUUUGCGUCAACUGUAAAACUGUAUUUAGAGGGAAGGAAUCUUCCACUGAAAUGUCUACUAGUUGUUGAAUAUGGUUCUGCUAAUCCAUUUGAUAUGAAUGAAGGUUGAGGCAUUGAGCACAAGUUCAUUAAAGUGAAAUUUCUUGCCCCAUUUGCAGCUCAAAAGCUGCAGCCAAUGGAACAAGGAGUGCUGUUGAAUUUCAACUUGCAGUAGGCCCAUGCUUUGUUUUCCAGGGUCUUCCUGAUCACUAAUGAAACCAAUAAAAUGCUCCAAGAUUUUUGGUUGAGACACUUUUUUUGUGUCACAUCUCAUCAGCCUUGUUGCUGUAGCCUGGAAGGGUGUUUCUCAGCACACUUUGCAGUCUGCCUGGAAGAAGCUGUGCCCACAUAUGGUGGCCGAUCUGGGAUCCAAGAGCUCCCCUUCAGAGGCAGAGGCACAUGUGAUGGAUGAGAUUGUAACCAUGGCUGAGAUUUGGGACUUGCAGGUGGAUGAUGAUGAUGAUUUGGAAUUUCUGCACUUGUUACCAUUUAUAUUUCUUUAUGGUCAACAAAAGGAGGUCUGGAAAAGUAAAGUCAGGACCAUAGAAGAUUUUGAAAAAUUGAAAAGUGAACAGCCUCCCAGUCUUACUGGGUUGCUUCCUCCCUGUGAAGUGACAAAUGAGGAAAGGUUUUCUGACGCUGAACUGGAAGAGAUUUGUAGCAAGUGGAGAGAUGUGUAUAAAUUUAUUUUUAUGCACCAUCCUUACAAUGUGAAGGUCUAUGAAUCAACCCAAACUCUGAAUUGCCUUGGCAUGUCACGCUUUAAAAAAAUAUUGGAGACCAAAAGAAUCUACAAUCAUGAUCGGAUGGAAGAGCUGUUAAGUUGCACACACUUAAACUUUGCUGAGGCUCUGCCUGAAAAAGAAGAGCAAGUUCUAAUUUUGAGCACGCCUCCUGCAGCCAAGUUUGAGCACUCAGUCUACAAAACUUCAGUGACAGUGGAGCUCUGCGAGUCUCAACAGCAGCCUCAGGUAACUUCCAUUCGUUUGUGCCUCCAAGACACCAACCCUGUCAAAGUGCACACCAUAACUGAAGAUGCAGAAGUGAGACAUCAAUGUAAUGAAGAGGACUGUGAUGCUGCCAAUGAGCGCAUGCAAAUUCCUACCCAUGAAAGUGCCACUCAGAGUUCACAUUGUGAUGGAAGCCGUUUCUUGGAAGCAAUGGAGAUUGAUGAGACUUCCAAUGAUCUUGAACAUGGACUUUCAAUUAAAGAAAUUAAUGUUAAUGGUGUACCAAGAUCCGGGAAAAGAGAAGCCUCCCUCUUUUCACAAUGUAAGCCCAUGACAUCUCCGAGAGAUUUCUUUGCUAACAAAUUAAUAUGCAAAUUGUGUGGUAUGUCAUUCUUUACAAAAGAGUAUCUAAGUAAGCAUCACAUUGCUGAACAUGAGACUAAGAAAAUGUUGCGCUGUGAUAUCUGUUACGUUUCUACCUGCUGCAAACCAGUUUUAAUUGAACACUUGUCCUCAAAACACAAUUUAGGUGAUGGGAAACAUUGUGAGAUGUGUGAUUAUUUCACAUGGAAUGCAUAUAGUCGCAAGUUCUGUUUGGCUCCAAAACACAGAUCAGGCAAGGCUCUCCAAUGUGACAUGUGCAAGUAGGGUACUUGGCAAGUGCCAAGUAUUUUCUUGAUGUUCACAUGUAUAUAAGACAUGGAAUUUGCCCUUUCUGGUGUGACUUUUGUAAAUUCAGUGCAUAUGAUGAAAAUGUAAUGGUAUUUCAUGUUAUGUUCAAAUGUGCUUCUAAGUUUGAAAAACCUAAAGCUCGUGCUAUCAAUUACACAUUUCUCUAUCAGGAUUUUUUCAAGUGAAAAGCUAGUUGCAAAAACGUGUGCAUGAGAACUUAUGAGGCAUGAUUACAAAAUUGAAUAAUUUUCUUUAUUUCCCUCGUGGCUAUUAAAAACCAUUGCUCUCUGUCUUCUAAGUCUCAAGCAAAUUAUUCAUUGUAACCAUUGACAAAAAUCGUUGUGGCACGUCAUGUGCAACUUGGUUUCGUGACCACAAAAGGAAGAUUACAAAACUGGAGUAAUGACAAGUUUAUUUAUUUUUGAGAUGCCUCACCUAAAAUAUGAACCUGUUUAUUUGCAGAGUCAGGAUUGUUAUAUUACUUACUCUAAAAGCCACUGCUGCUACGCAAAUUUUUGCAGUGUCACUAGAUACCUACUGCUUCAAUCAGAUUUUUUAAUCUGCUUAUGAUUGUUGGGAAUAUAUUUUCACCUUCAAUGAUUUUUUCUGAGACAUGGGCCCAAAGUGGUUGGUGAUUGCAAAAUCAUCAUUGCACAUCUUUUUUUUUUCACAUAGUUGUGGUUGUCAUUUUCUCUAAGUGGAUACCAUUACCAUGAUUUCAAAUUAUACUUUGCAUCUUCUCAAAGGUAUUUAAAGAAAUUGCAUAUAAAAAAGUGGAAUGACUCGUGCAAGUCUUGAGCAGCAUCUGUGGGCAAUGCUGAAAUUUACUUUUUUAUAGUUUUUAGUAUUAUACAGAUUAUUAGUACCUGCAUUUACCCAUGAUGUGACUACUGUAUGGUUUCAUUAUUUUGAGUUUUUUGUAAGGUCUAAGUAAAAGUAAAGACUUUGAAAUUAGUACUAUUGCUGGCUAAAAAAAGAGGUAGUUGCAAAUUAAUGCAUGGUCAGUUAAAUAUGUAGCAAUAUUU